AUGCUAAAGCCAUCAACCCCCUUCGCGCCCUUUUGCGCCGAGGUGAUUGUGAACGAGGAAAUUCUGGCCGAUAAGCCAAUUAGUAUGCUCGAUAUAUUGGAGCGGAUAAUAACUUCCGAUGACCCGCUCGCCACCUCUGCUCAAUCGCCCUGCACCCCGCGAACACCACGACACUGGGCGAUGGCGGGGUCGCUGCUUUCGACCGAUUUCCUCGACCGAGAGCGCUCGUUCCGGAUGACAAGCAAACUGGAACCCCAAAAACGAGACCGGCACACCAGCCGCGCCAGCUUCGCAUGUCAUCAAUGCAAGAAGUCAAAGAGACGAUGCGACAUUUCGAAACAAGUCUUCGGGUCGACGAAAUCCUGCAGCACCUGUCGUGAGAGAAACGAAAAAUGUGACUUGCGCUCACAUGGGGACGACAAGCGAAAACAGCGCCAGGGAGUCAAGCCGCUCCAGGCUAGCGUCGCAAUGCUUGAGCGCGAGCUUGCAAUCCUGUCAGCUCAGCAAGCCUCGGGCUCUGAUGGAGCCCCCUUGCAGAUGAGAUAUUCUUGUCUAAGCUCGCGUGCUGGCUCGGAUGCGGACUUACCACCCGAAGCAUCAACAUUCAGCUUUGAUCCUAAGCAGCCAUCUCACUCCAGUUCGGGAGUCCUCGAAAUUCCUGGUAUAGAUGGCUGUUUCGGUUCUUUCGGAGCUUCGGGGAGCUCAGUAAGCUCGAGAGAACAUGUGGAGAACUCGAAAGACCCCCCAGAAUUUCCGAUUGGCAUGGACGAAGUGACCCCUCCGUCGGGAGAUCUAGACCAAGAUAAAUAUGGAAAUGAACACUAUUUCGGAGCGUCAAGCAUGUUGCCAUAUGGCGAUAGGCAGUCUUCAUCGCCCAAGCAUCUUAGCGAUGUCAAGCGUCACCUUGCACAGAAAGAAGACAUCUCGCCCUCCUCCCUUGAGGACUUUAUAGAGCCAGAACCCAUUGUUUCUCACCUUCCGGAGCUUUUCUGGACGUACCAAGCAUCGCACCUUUUGAUCAUAGACCGCGACAUCUUUCUACGACAUCGCGAACUUGCUCGAAGCGGUAACGGAAUCGGUGACCGAAAUUACUACACCCCAUGUCUGCUCUAUUCGAUGUUAGCGCUAGCCUCUCUUAUAAGCACUGACAGAGGCGUGAAGCGGUACGCCUCAGCUGGAGGGACUCCGGGCGAUCUUUUUAAUGCACGGGCGAGGGCCUUGUUCGAUCUGGAAAUGGAAUGUCCAACCGUGACAACUGCUCAAGCUGCCAUUCUGAUUGAAUCACGAUAUGGCACCUUUGUCGACAGCUCGCUUGGGUGGACCUUCAGCGGAAUUGCACUCCGAGUUGUGACCAAGCUUGGUCUGCAUCUCGAUUGUUCCAGGAUGGUGGCGAGCAAAAGGAUCACUGAGGAGGAGGCUAGAUAUCGAUCGGUCGCUUUUUGGGGUUCCUACAUCGAGGACAGACUCUACAGCGCCUACUGCCAACGACCGAUGAUGCUGAUGGACUGGGACAUCACAAUCGGUCCCCCUCAAUCCCAGCCUUUGAACGCGCCGUAUAUAUCCUGUCAUCUUCUUCCACACACCGUGUCUUUGAGUCAAAUAUGCGGGAGGACUUUGCUUGGUCUCUAUGCCCAGCGACAUCUCCACAGCGCCAAAGACGGACUUAAGAAGAUCGCCUUCGAAAUUCACGGACAGCUAUGGAAUUGGCAACAAAGCCUGCCAGACGAUCUAAUUUGGUCCACAGCAGAUAGCUCGACACUAACUCCACCAUCGGUGUUGGUCUUACACAUGCAAUUCUACUACAAUCUCAUCCUUGUCCAUCGCCCUCUACUUGGAUUCUCGAAAGCCCGAGAAGAGCUUUCCCAGGCGCCUGAUUCCUCUCUGACAACUUCUACAAUUACCUGCGCCAUAUCUGCUGCCAAUAUCGCGAAGCUGGUUCGUGACUACCGUGAGCUGUAUGAUAUCAGGCAAAUAACUCCCAAUGGGGUCCAUAUGACCUUCAUCGCCGCAACUAUCCAUCUCAUCAACUUCCGGCUUACAAGUCACGAUUCACAUGGUCAGCUCUUUUGGGACUGUGUGAAGGCUUUGUCUGAGAUGGCUGACUCUUACCCAAUGGCCGAAAAGGCUGGUCUUGUUUUAAACAGUCUCAUCGAGCGUUUUAAGCCUCUUGAGGGGCCGUCGUCGCAAUAA